AUGACGGCACAAGAUAACCUGUCAUAUACUCAGCACGAGGUCCAUGAACCUCCCAGACCCAAGACCUCUGACUCUUCCGAUGGCAAGGGCAAGGUCGAGGGCAUUGAGGAGGCGCGCGGUGAGAACAUUGAGUUUGUCGACAAGGCCACUGAGAAGGCCGUUCUCCGGAAGCUUGACCUCCGCAUCAUCCCCACGGUGAUGUGGGUGUAUCUCAUGAACAUGAUGGAUCGAGUCAACAUUGGCAAUGCCCGUCUCUUUGGCAUGGAGGACGAGCUCGGCAUGAAGGGCAACGACUUCCAGCUUACAGUCUCUGUCCUCUUUGUCACCUACUGUCUCUUCGAGUCCCCCUCCAACCUCAUCAUCAAGAGGCUCCAACCCGCUCGCUACCUCGCCGGUCUCACUCUGUGCUGGGGUAUCACUGCCACCUUCAGCGCCUGGGUCAGCAGCACUGGUGCCCUGAUCGCCUGCCGUCUCCUCCUCGGUAUCUUUGAGGCUGGUUUCUUCCCCGGUGUCGUGCUGUAUCUCUCCAUGUUCUACGGUCGCCACAGUCUCGCCCUGCGCAUCGCCUACUUCUUCUCCACUGCUGCCGCCUCUGGUGUCGCUGGUGGUCUCGUCGCCUAUGGCAUCAGCUUCAUGGACCACACUCUUGGCUGGCGCGCCUGGCGAUGGGUCAUCCUCAUCAACGGUAUCCCCACCAUCCUCACUGGUAUCAUCAUCCCCUUCGUCCUCCCCAACAGCCCCGAGACUGCCAAGUUCCUCACCGACGAGGACCGUGAGAACCUCCGCAAGAUCCACGAGGAGCAGGUUGGCCGCGCCCGCAACAGCCGCGAGCUUCUCAAGGAGGACGUCAUUGAUGCCAUCAAGGACUGGACUACCUGGGGCUAUUGCUUCGCUCUCUUCCCCUGCCUUGCCAUGCUCUACUCCUUCGUCGUCUUUCUGCCUACCAUCAUCCUCGGAAUGGGCGAGUGGAACUCUGCUGAGGUCCAAGCCAUGACUGUUCCCAUCUACGCCGUUGGUGCCAUCGUCUACCUCGUCUGCGCUUACUUCAGCGACAAGACCCAGUGUCGAGGCUACUUUGUCAUGGGCGGUAUCUCUUCUGCUAUUGUCGGCUAUGCCAUGCUCAUCUCUGGCAAGGGCAACGGUGUCUCUUACGCUGGCUGCUGCUUUGUCUCCAUCGGCAUCUUCCUGUCCUCGGGUAUCUCCUUCGCCUGGGUGCCCUCCAACAACCCCCGCUACGGCAAGCGAGCCUUCUCUACUGGCAUGCACUUGACUGUCGGUAACGCCUCUGGUGUGGCCUCUCCCUUCCUCUUCUCCAACAAGGACAAGCCUCACUUCCGCCCCGGCUACGGUGCCAGUAUCGGCAUGCUCGCCUUCUCCCUCCUCCUUAACAUCAUCCUGCACCUCCACUUCAAGCGCCAGAACAAGCUCCGCGACGAGGGCAAGCAGGACCACCUCAUGGAGGGCAAGACUGAGGACGAGAUCGACAUGAUGGGUGAGCGCAGCCCCCGGUUCCGCUUUACCAUCUAA